AUGUAUGGGCAGAGCCUCCUGCCAUCGCUCAACCCAGCUCAGCCUGCUUCUACACACCGACCUUACCCCUCCUUUCCAUCUCUGAUGUUGUUCACCGGGAGGUCAGAGUCAACAUCGCCAAAUUUCGCCAACGACCUCCAGCAUCGCGAGCGAAUACCACAAACCAUACGACGACCGACCAUGUCCGAUCAAGUAGGCUUCAGCUUCCAAGCCGACGUGGUGAACACGGCUUCUCUGGGACAUGUCUUGACCGGGCGACUGCUCAAGGCCCUAAGCGAUGGAGGUGUCGAUACGUAUGCCAUGUGGGCAGCUGUACAACUGGGAAAGCGUAUACCAGUCCAGGAUCUGCACCAGAGCUCAUUGUAUGCCCACAUUAUGUCGAAGAAGACAUAUCAAUCGGUCCUAUCCAAAGCGCUCAGCAUCGGUUGGGGCCACUCGGCACCUGUAGCAGAUUUGGCUCGAACUGUUGCUGGGACCAAUGCUAUCAUUCUGAUUGGCGCCCUCUCAACGGGAUGCCAAGCCUUUGCGGCCGCCCAGUGUCUAUCUGAGGUGAUGGCAAUCUACGGACUUGAGGCUGAUAUGCUGCCGAGUGUCGAUGUGCUCAAGGGUUUGGUCAACUACUUGGCCCCAUUCACCCAAGACCUCGGCUUCUCAAAGGUUUUCCAGCAUAUAACGAAUCUUGCAGAGCGCGCGAUCAGACUGGAAAAUAGAGCCGUAGUAGGGCAGAAAAGAAGUUCCAGCAGAGACGGAAAUGACAUCUCCGAUUCUCUCAAUCAGUUCAUAGGCAUGGGUAGCGCUGCUUCCCUAGCUGGCGCCCUCAAACAGCUCAUUCACACAUCUCAAAAGAAGCAGAGAGAUUACAUGACGCCCAAGAUGCGCGGGUCAUGGCUCCCAGCUUUUGCGAGCCAUAUACUGGGCAUGGCUGUGGAGGUUCGUUACAAUCAGAAGAUUGUAUGGGCUAGCGGUGGUGAGCAUGGGCACAUUCUCUUUCAACUUGGUGACGAGUCUACAGCCCACGACGCCCUUCAGUUAUUCUCACAAGUCAGCGAAGUGAUUGAAGACGACUACAACGAAGAAGGCGGUGAGCCCUUAUUGAGGGUUGAUUGUCUGAUCGGAGAGGCCCUUGAAAGUCAGAUCUACAAAUGGCCGGAAAUCGACAACGAUGUCGCUAAAUCUAUUCGACAUGCGAUUAGAUUUCUAUCUUCUCACCUAUUUGAGAGACUCGAAACCGGUUUUGACUCGCCCAUGGACAGAACUUCCGGAUAUUCUAUAAAAGUGCCAUUCGAUGGUAUGAGGGCAUUGGAGAAGGUUUUGAAUGUAAUGGGCAUCGAUGUCGACUUGGACGAAGAAGCCCCAGCGGUUUCCCCCAGUCUCAACCUGCGACACCCCGUCAUCCUACGAAUGACCAAGAACGAGGAGGCUGUCGUGGAGUCCCAAGGCCUUAUCUUCCUUAACCCGAUAAGUAUAGAAGCGGUCGCUAAGAACUGUCGUAUACAUUCAUCGGCCUUCUCCAAUGAGUCAGGCGCUAGCGAAAGGCGAAGAAGAAUCGAUUUGAGGACGGGCAAAACUAAACGCGCCAAGAAACGCAUCCCUCGAUCCCCUUGUGCAUGUAGGGCAGUCGGAAGGCUGAUUUACUCUUUCGCGGCUACAGCCCUAGCGCUCAUGUUUUGCACAUUUGACGCCACGGAACUCAGAGUGGUGGAGGAAGUCAUUGCGGGAGAUAUCAUGACAAGCUGGAUUCAACAAAUCGUCGAUGGUGGGUACAUUUGGUUCCCACGUCAAGUCAUUCCGGGAGAUUUCACGACAAGCUGGAACCAAACACUCGAAGACAAAACGUCCAUCUCUCCACCACCUUCACUCAUUGAUGAGAAAGAACCAGGCAGGGACAGAAACCCAAGACGCUCCGGCAAAUUGAUACCGCCGGACGAAGACAUCUUCAAUCACCUUGGGAAACUUGUUUGUUCUGAUUAUGCAAUUAGAUGGCUAAGUCCGACCGAAAACUCCACAGAAACAAAUAUCAUUCUUGGGGUCUCGGGAAGAGCCUUCACCAUCUACUACGCAUGUAUAUUAGGAACUGACUGUUUUGAUGUGUUUGGUAGAACCAUCCGCAUUCGGUCCGGUCGGGCAUCAGUGGCCGGAGCGUUUCGCAAUGUCAUUGUAGAACGACUAUAUCCUGACAAGGAAGGCAACGGCUCUGAUCUCACCAACGAGCUUGCAGAGGUUGUCUCCUUAGCGACCGGAACCACACUGGGACCUCAUCACAGACCUCCAGAAAGUAGGAUUGCCAUGGAUGUGAUUAUCCAAGAAGAGAUCGUGUAUGUCCAGUUGAAACUAGCAGGAAAGACGUCAGGACCAGUGAAAGUCUCCUUCCAGCGUUGUGUUUCUCGGUUCGCAUCCUAUUGGGCUGUUCCUAAAUGCAAUCAUGAGAAAGAUGGGCUGUAUACUUUGGAAAAUGACCAGGAUGUGGUAUUGAGUGGCUUUCAAGUGGCUUCUUUACGCCGACGAGACGCCGCAGAGGUGCUGGAACUCCUGUUGAAAGGCGUAUUGUCACUAGGCGUUGUGUUGUUCAAGCUUCAGCUUGCCUCACGUGCUGCAUUCGCUUGGCUCGCCAACCCGGUUAUCUUCCGUGUAUCAAAACUUUUCUAUGGGGACGAUACCGAGAAAUAUGUUGAUGAAACAUUACACUUCUUCUACAUAUACACGUACCAUGAGCAGGGCUACAGACCAAGCCAUUACCAGGAUAUACUCAGGGAGAGAGGCCAGGCUUUCCGCUGA